GCAAUUGCUUUGGGCCUGGAGGAAUUUUAAUUAAUAGCUAAAAAAUAGGCCGCGCCGCUAUUAGUCCGCGCACCCACGUUGUCGCGUGAUCACAGAUCGUCUCGCAUCAAUUCAUCGAUAAUCUGUCGCCGCCUUUGCACGAAACCGGCGCGCACCGCCCAAACAAACACCUCCAGGGUCAGCUAGUCGCAGCGUGCUGAGCGCCGCGACGCGCCAAAGAACACCAGCAGCCAUGGCCAUCAAGUUCGUCCUCAUGGUCAACAAGCAGGGCCAGACGCGCCUGUCCACCUACUACGAGUGGCUGUCCAUGCCCGAGCGCGUCGCGCUCGAGGCCGAGAUCAUCCGCACCUGUUUGUCUAGAUCGGAAUUCCAGUGCUCCUUUGUUGAAUAUAGGGGCUACAAAGUAGUAUACAGACGGUACGCGUCCUUGUUCUUCAUUGUGGGCGUCGACCAGGACGGCGAGAACGAGCUCGGUAUUUUAGAGUUCAUCCACGCCUUGGUCGAGACGCUGGACAAGUACUUCGAGAGCGUCUGCGAGCUCGACAUCAUGUUCAACCUGGAAAAGGCCCACUUCAUCCUCGACGAGAUGGUCGUCGACGGCUGCGUCGUCGAGACGAACAAAGUGAACAUCCUCAAGCCCAUCGCGCUCAUGGAGAAGGCCUCGGAGGAGAAGUUGUUUGCGCGAUAACUCGUGUGUUAAUUAUCCUUAGAUUUAGGGAAAUCCUACCCCACUACUAC